GCUGUUACAUGCUCUUAUUGUUUGCAAAAUCAUGGGUAGUGAGAUAGAUACCAAAUCAAUUGAACCGGUCCGAAAUGCCGUGUCUUUGUUUGGAGAUAAAGGUGAUCAGAAGAAAUAUCAACCUACCAGGAGUAAGAGUGGUUGUGAAAAAGAACUAGAGGAGUUGACAAAGGAAUUGUCCAACUGCAAGGUACAAUUAGAAGCAAAGCAAGCUGCACACAUGCAAGCACUUCUUAAGAUGGAGCACAGCCAAAAGAUGAUUCAUGAAUUGACUACCCUGCUGAAGAAUUCUGAUUUUGAGAGAAACAAGAACACGAAUGAAUGUUCAGAGUGCAGAGCUUGCAAAGAUGAACUUGAAUCCAAGAUGAAAGAGAUGGCUGAUCAGAAUUUGGAGACUGCAAAGGUCCGGAACCAGCUUACACAUGUUUUGUGUGAAUUGAAGGCGACACAAAGGGAGCUUCUAAACAAAGAAACAGAACUUGUUGCUGCUAGAGAUUCUGAACUGAAAGCUUUGACAAAUGCAAAACAAUUGGAAUCUGCCUUGGAGGUUGAAAAGGAACAGAAAGAAGAACUCCUGCAGCAAGUGAAGGAGCUAAAUGAAGUUAUUCACAAUUCAAAACUAGCUGCCAUUGAAGCUGAGAAAGAGAAGUUAGCUAUAUUGUCUGAGAAGGAUGAGAAAAUUGAUUUAGCUACAAAAGCUACUGCUCAAGUACAACAACAGCUAGAAGAUAUGAGAAAGCAUGUAGAAAUGCUACAGGAAUUACAAAAUCAGCUAAUGGAUAAGUCUACUACACUGGUUGAUUCUCUUCCCUUGGAACCUAUGCAAGCUUAUGAAACACUCACUUUAUCUGAGGAUUCUGCUCCCAAAAACAUAAACAACUCAGACCAAUUAAUCAUUGACAUGGAGCUAAAGGAAAGAAAGAUCAUGGAUCAAUCUGUGUACAUUGAGACACUGGAAGCGGAAUGGAGUCGGUUAAAACAAGAGCUCACUGUUGCAAAGGAAGAAAUAAAUUCCUUGAACAUUACUAAUGAAUCACUGAGAAGUGAGUUACAUGAGGCUAGAGUUAAACAAAACAUGAAAAAGGAGACUGACAAUGAAGCACAGGUGGAAAUUGCAUUGCUGAAAUCUCAGCUUCAGGAACUUAGGUUGACUAACAAGAAUGAUCACUCAAAGUCAGAAGCUGAGGAGAGAAAUAGUGAAAAUAAUGAUGACCAUGUCACAUGCAAAUACUACUUUGAGAAGACAAGUGGAGCUCAAGGAUCAGUAGGGGAAGUUGGAAGAUUAUCAGAGUUAGCAUUGAUGAAAAAGGAGGUGGAAAAUGCAUCAGUGAAAAUUGCUGAGCUGAGGGCACGUGCAGAACAGGCUCUAAGUAGGGCUGAGUUUGCUGAGAAUGCUAAAGCAGCAUUAGAGGACAAAAUAAGGAGACAUAGGGAACAUAGGCAGAGAAGGAGGGCUGCCCUUACUGCACUUAGGGAGGAAUCUACCCCUAAACCAUUUAGUCCUUCCUCAUCUUAUGGAACACCUGGAACCUACCAGCCCUUAGGUAAGGUUCUCAAUAUGAAAUUGUGAAAGUCUAACUUCACGUGUGAGUUGUUACUUGUUAAUGAUAUUUAGUUGGAGUGUUACUGCGAUAUUUGUUUGUUGUAUCUAGCAAUGGGAUCAGCGGUUUGGUCUUACUUUGUGUUGCAA